UAAUCGGCCCGCCUCCUGUGAUGUCAUCAGACCCCACACAGAUGACCACGCCCCAUUUGGCCAGGAGCCCAAUGCCUCCAGUGUUGACUCCGCCCCCUCCCAUGUUGACUCCGCCCCCUCCCGUGUUGACUCCGCCCCCUCCAGUGUUAGCCACGCCCCCUCCCGUGCAGCUGCUGGGCUCUGAUGAUGAGGAGCAGGAGGAUCCGUCAGACUACUGCAAAGGAGGGUACUACCCGGUGCAGAUCGGAGAUCUGUUCAACGGACGCUACCAUGUGGUCCGGAAACUGGGCUGGGGACACUUCUCUACAGUGUGGCUGUGCUGGGAUCUGCAGAGGAAGCGCUUCGUGGCGCUGAAGGUGGUGAAGAGCGCUCCACAUUACACAGAGACAGCUGUGGAUGAGAUCAAGCUCCUCAGAUGUGUGAGGGACAGCGACCCCUCCGACCCGUUCAGAGAGACGAUCGUUCAGCUGAUCGACGACUUCAAGAUCUCCGGAGUCAAUGGAGUCCAUGUGUGUAUGGUUCUGGAGGUGUUGGGUCAUCAGCUGUUGAAGUGGAUCAUUAAGUCAAACUACAUGGGGAUUCCUCUGGUGUGUGUGAAGAGCAUCAUCAGACAGGUGCUGCAGGGGCUGGACUACCUGCACAGGAAGUGUAAGAUCAUCCACACGGACAUCAAGCCGGAGAACAUCCUGCUGCAGGUGGACGAGCUGUAUGUGAGACGCCUAGCUGCUGAAGCUACACACUGGCAGAGAGCCGGAGCCCCGCCCCCCUCAGGGUCCUCAGUUAGUAUGGCUCCUAGGGACGACCAGGAUGGUCGGCUGUCUAAGAACAAGAAGAAGAAGUUGAAGAGGAAAGCAAAGCGUGAACACAGACUGCUGGAGGAGAGACUGCACAACAUACAGAGGAUGGAGGAAGAGGACAGUGUGUUACAACCUGACCACACACACACUAACUGCUUACCUGUCGUCAACGGCAACACUUCCUGCUCCAUAGCCAAUAGCAAGGCGAGCCCAGAGAGCAGCUGCUCCUGGUUGGACGACAGGAUUAAUGACCACGCCCCCUGCCGGUUCUCUAGCCCCGCCUCCGGCCAAUCAGGCUUCUCCAGCUCUGUGAUGUCAGCGACGUCCGAGUCAGCAAUCUCCUCUCAGUCAGGGUACUCCAGUGGGAGAGACGUCUCCAGCACCUCAGACUUCAUGCUCAGUCCUCUGGAUCCUCUCAAUGCUCACAGCCUGAGAGUGAAGAUCGCUGAUCUGGGAAAUGCAUGCUGGGUACACAAACACUUCACAGAGGAUAUUCAGACCCGUCAGUACCGAGCUCUGGAGGUUCUGAUUGGAGCAGAAUACGGACCACCAGCUGACAUCUGGAGCAUCGCCUGCAUGGCGUUCGAGCUGGCAACCGGAGAUUACAUGUUUGAGCCUCAUUCAGGAGAGGAUUACACCCGAGACGAAGAUCACAUCGCUCACAUCAUAGAGCUGCUCGGAGCGAUCCCUCUUCCCUUCGCUCUGUCUGGCAGGUACUCCAGAGAGUACUUUGAUAGGAGAGAUGUUAUCUUUCAGGCUGUCUGAGGCACAUCUCCUCUCUGAAGCCCUGGGGUUUGUUCGAGGUUCUUCUGGAGAAGUACGAGUGGCCUCUGGAGCAGGCGGCGCACUUCAGUGACUUUCUGAACUCCAUGUUGGUUCUUCAGCCGGAGAAACGAGCCACAGCAGAGCAGUGUCUGCAGCACGACUGGCUACACACACCACUGCACACACACACACACACACACACUGA